ACAUUAAGAAACUCCACUUAACAUCACCAAACCGAAAUCAACCGCUGGAACAACACAAACAGCAAUGUGGAAUGAAAAAACAGAUUGUCAAGAAUAAAAUUAAACGAUUCGAAAUGUACGUUGAUAUGUCGAAAGCAAUCAAGCAAAGUUGGCUAGAUCUUAUACAACAAACUACGACAAUAACGAAGAAAAAGGAGGAAGAAGGAAGGUAUGAGAACAUGAUCGAUGAUAAGCAAGUUUCAUGUUUAAAAGGAGAAGCAUUAGAAGCAGUAAGAGGUUUUGAUAUAACUCCAGAGAACUAUGAAUUAAUAAGGCAGAUUUUAACCGACAAAUUCAGAAAAUCCGCUAGUAUAAAAACAUUAUUUUAUAACGAAUUCCAUUCUGUCAAACGGAACGAUAAAGAAUGGAAACUGAUAUUUGAAGCGAUGGAAAGAACUCUUCGACAAUUAGAAGCAAUAGAUUUAUGUCACCGCACAAAUUUCGCAAUAUGGCAUCUACAUUCUACAUCAUCUCCACCAAAGUUGAUCUUGAAUAACAGACGACUUCAAUACGAGAAACAAGUACUCCGUCGAUAUAAUGAAAUAGGCAAAGAACAAACGCAGUGCAAUAUCAUAGAAGUUACUCUGGACAUGAGUCACGAAGUCGGAAUUACCACGUACAUGGUCAAGACUAUGGAGAACAACUGCACGAGUAUUAAAAUUGAUAAAGAUCAUAACAAAGGAGAAAUUCAGCUUCAAGGAAACGUAAAUCUGGCAAAUCAUCGUCGCUCAGAUUAUCCCAGACCUCAUCCUUAUAACAAUCCCCGAAAUUGCUUAGAUCCAAAAAAACUAGGUGCCUGA